CGCUGUUGUGCCGUGCGGCGGACCGUGGUGCGUCCUGGGGCGCUUUGGCGAUGUAGCGUCUGAUUUUGUCUGCUUUAAAAAGCGUACUUUUCACCGCUUUCAAGAGCAAAAGGGGAACGUCUUUAGAGACAGCAGCCAGAAUGUGGAGAAUCAUGAGGAAGUUUUCAGUGAACGCACUGAAAUUGUCAAGUUUGUGCAGUCAGCAUUCAUGUUUCAGGAAGCCAAAAGUUAUAGUCCUAAGUGUGACGCAGCAAAACAGCAGUGAAAGGAACUACAGCUCUCCACCAAGAGAUGUUAAAUCUCUGCGUUCUGUCGUUAAUCCUCAUAUAUCCAGAAUCCGUAACAUUGGUAUCAUGGCCCAUAUUGACGCAGGGAAAACAACAACAACAGAAAGAAUGCUGUAUUACUCUGGAUACAUAAGAACACUUGGAGAUGUCGAUGAUGGAGACACAGUAACAGAUUUUAUGGUACAGGAACGAGAACGUGGUAUUACCAUUCAAUCUGCUGCUGUUACUUUUGACUGGAAGGACUACAGAAUCAACCUGAUUGAUACCCCAGGUCAUGUGGACUUCACAGUGGAAGUUGAACGUUGCUUGAGAGUCCUGGAUGGAGCAGUAGCAGUGUUUGAUGCUUCAGCUGGUGUUGAGGCCCAAACUCUGACAGUGUGGAGACAAGCUGACAAACAUCAGAUACCACGAAUCUGCUUUUUGAACAAGAUGGACAAAAACAGGGCAAGUUUUGCAUAUGCUGUUGAGAGUAUCAAACAAAAGUUGAAGACAAAACCUUUGAUUUUACAGUUGCCCAUUGGGGAAGCCAAAACCUUCAGAGGACUGGUUGAUGUUGUGACUAAGGAGCAAAUCAUUUGGAAACCUACAUCUGAUUUGGAUGAUGGCAUAUUUUUUGAGCAAAAGCCACUGAUAGAGUCGGAUAAUCCCAGCCUGUUCCAAGAAGUCCAGGAUGCUAGAAAUACCUUAAUAGAACAAGUUGCAGAUCUGGAUGAUGAAUUUGCUGAACUGAUUCUAGGAGAACACAGCGAAAAUUUUGACCUAGUACCAUCCAACAAGCUACGGUCUGCUAUACGCAGAGUCACCCUAGCUCAGAAGGCUGUACCAGUGCUCUGUGGCAGUGCACUGAAGAACAGGGGAGUGCAGCCGUUACUGGAUGCUAUUACUAUGUAUUUGCCCGCACCUCAUGAGCGUUCCUAUGAGUUUCUACACUGGUACAAUGAUGAUGACCUGUGUGCCCUGGCAUUUAAAGUUCUCCAUGAUAAGUGUCGUGGACCAUUAGUUUUCAUUCGCAUUUAUUCAGGUUCACUGAAACCUCAGUCGGCUGUAUAUAAUAUUAACAAAAGUUGCACGGAGAGAAUGAGCCGUCUGCUCUUGCCUUUUGCUGAUCAACAAAUUGAAAUACCAUCACUAAUGCCUGGAAACAUUGCCCUUGCUGUUGGCUUAAAACAGAGUGCCACUGGAGAUACGCUAGUGUCAUCAAAAGCUUCAGCUGUAGCUGCAGCACGCCAAGCUGGAAGGAGUGCUGGGGGAGAGCAGAGGAACACCAGUAACGUGGAGAGACUUCUGCUGGCAGGUGUUGAGGUUCCGGAGCCUGUCUUCUUCUGUACCAUUGAACCUCCUUCAAUGGCCAAGCAACAAGACUUGGAUAAUGCAUUGAGCUGCCUUCAGCGUGAAGAUCCAAGUUUGAAAGUGAAAAUAGAUCCUGACACAGGACAGACCAUUCUUUGUGGCAUGGGAGAACUGCAUAUAGAGAUCAUUCAUGACCGAAUCAAACGUGAAUAUGGAAUAGAGACAUAUUUGGGACCACUUCAGAUAGCCUACAGAGAAACCAUCCUGAAUGCUGCACAAGCCACAGGUAAGAAGGAGUCUAAGAAUCACACAGAAUCACACAGAAUCACAGAAUCACCCGGGUUGGAAGGGACCUGUUCUUGA